ACCCAGCGUGCUGGCGCCGGGAUCCCAUUAUGCCCCCCGAGGAGAAGCUUUUAGGUUCUUCCCGGUUCAGUCAUGCCUUGACUUGCGUAUGUGCCUGCUUUGGCUGCUUCAGCUAGGACUGUCCGCAGACAUCCUGGGACGAUGUGGAUUUUUUACUUAAGAGGUCCUGUGCCCCGUUCGCCCUUGCCAACCUCCAAAUGUCAGCACAAGACUACUACGGCGGCUCCCGCCCAAACACGCACACCCCAGGAGGCUCCCGCUCCGCCAGCUCCGAACGGCCCCGCACCGCCCACCAUUCCCACUCACACUCCCCCCACCACCGCUCCCACUCCAGCGGCCCACCGCCGCCCGCCGGCGCCGACGCCCAGUUCGGCGAGGACGGCGAGCGGGGCCUCGUCUCCACAAUCGGCGGCGGCGCUGCCGGAGGCUACGCCGGUAAGAAGUUCCUCGGCGGAAAGCUCGGCGCCGUCGCGGGCGCCGUCGCAGGCGCCGUCGUCGCCAACAAGCUCGAGCACAGGCUCAGCGAGAGCCUCACCACCACGGCCACCACCACGGACACCACCACUACGGCCCUCCCCGCCCGCCCGCGCCGCACUUUGGGCCCCCGCACCUCGGCGGCGGCGGCGGCAGUCACCAUUCCUCCGGCGGCUUCGGCGGCCUGGUCGGCUCGUUGAUGGGCGGUGGCAAGCACGGCGGCGGCCACUUCGGGGGCCAUUUCGGCGGCAGUCACCACGGCCACCACGGCCACCACGGCCAUCAUGGCCACCACGGCUGGUAAGCCCUUUCCUGGGCGGGGAAGGGAAAUGAAUCAAUUUUUUCUUCAGCAUGUCUUCUAUCUUAUUUUUUUUUCUUAAUUCUGUGGUUAAUAACUGGCGUUAUGGGACGGACGGACGGUAUCCGCGGUUGUAGUGGUAAUGAAUUUGCUGUUUCACUCUAUCAAUACAUAUAUAUAUACCUGCCUCGGCUUUCGCUCGAGCCCGUGCGAUCAUAGGUUUCGCGAGCUAGGUUGACUUGCUUGGGACAGACACAGGUAGCUUUGUUACCACAGCUCAUUAAAUUGUAACAGCGUCGCAAGACGCGUGUGAAUCACACCUUUUAUUUUAAAAUCCCAAUACUCAAACCGAAGCGGCUGCGAUGUGCCAUGCAAUAUUUUGAUAUAUGAUGCUACUACUGUAGCCUCGGC